ACGUUUUGACAACUUCAAUUCAAAAUUCCCAGUAUUUAUAUUUAAAAUAAGAAAAAUCAUUUCGAUGACCGCCCCACCAAACCGUCAAUCUUCAACCAUGUCCUUCCGCACCUGUCCGAUCUGUAUGGAGGCUGUGGAGAGCCGGGGCAAGUUCCUAACCUGUGGUCACUUGUUUCACGAUACGUGCAUCGACAGUUGGUUGACCAGUCGGACUAGCUGUCCGUUGUGUCGGAACCAGGAGUUGCAGAGUCCAAUUGGACAACAACAGCAGAACGGUCAAGAGCAGCCCAGGAGAGAUGAUUCGAUCUUUCGGUUGUACUACGGAGCUUAGCAAGAAGUUUGAUUGAAGAUUGAGAAAUGCUUUAAAACAAAAGGGGUUCAAAUUUUA